AUGAGACUCCUCAACGCUACAACGUUCGAGGUAGAAGAGCUCUACGGCUCCGAGAUACCUCAGUAUGCCAUUCUGUCACACACAUGGGGCGCCGAAGAGGUGACGCUCCAGGAGGUAGAAGCAUUUGCAAGAUACCGCCGCUCACGGCGGGAACAUGCACGGCACAUGCAAAAGGCGGGAUUCUCCAAGAUCGACUAUGCCUGCAGGCAAGCGAUCAAGGACGGUUACCGCUACGUCUGGGUGGACACGUGCUGCAUCGACAAGAGGAGCAGCGCCGAGGUGUCGGAAGCCGUCAACUCCAUGUUCGACUGGUACCAGAGGGCUGCCGUGUGCUACGCCUAUCUGGAGGACGUCCAUUUUGACGACUACACGGAGGGUUAUCGGACCUGGAAGGACCACUUCCACCGCAGCCGGUGGUUCACCCGCGGCUGGACCCUGCAAGAGCUCCUCGCCCCCAAGAAGGUCGUCUUCUACGCCAGGGGGUGGAGGCUGCUGGGGACCAAGUCCUCGCUCGUGAAGCACGUGGUGAAGGCCACUGGGAUUGACGAGGUGACGCUGAUCGACCCGAAGCUCAUCCACAACGCCAGCGUGGCCCAGCGCAUGUCCUGGGCCGCGAAUCGAACCACAACCAGGAUCGAAGACCAGGCCUACUCACUGCUCGGCAUCUUUGGCGUCAACAUGCCCAUCAUCUACGGCGAGGGAACCAAAGCCUUUCUCCGGCUCCAGGAGGAGAUCAUCAAGCGGUCUGACGACCACUCCAUCUUCGCCUGGGGCACCCUCGGGCACCCAAGCUCCCAUCCUCACCACCCUCAUCAUCUCGCGGACCCCAGCGACGACGAUCUCGACUACGCCGCCAUGACCGGUACCACGGGAGUCCUCGCCACCUCUCCCAGAGACUUUGCCGGCAUGGAGCGCGUCAUCACCACCGCCCCGCCUCCGAAUCGAGACACGUCCGACUACGCCAUGACCAACAAAGGCCUGCGUAUCACUCUCGACAUGACGCGUCAGCGCGGCGACGCCGAGGACAACACGACAACGACAACGACAACAACCACCACCACCCACCUCGCCAUCCUCAACUGCCGCCCGGAUGACGACCCUUCCGUCCGGCUGGCCCUGCUCCUUACCGAGACGGCGACCCCGAACGUGCUGCUGCGCACCCGCACCCGCACCGCCACCCUCGUCUCCGCCGCCGACGCAUCCGCGGCCGGGCCCCGGUCCGUAUACAUCCUCAACGCGCCGGCGCAGGUCCCCCACUCGGCGGCCAAGCUGGCCGAGGAGGUCGUCCUCGUCCGGACGCCGGACCUGAUCGCGCCCGGGUACGACGUCCUGGACGUCCGGGGGUGCGGGGCCCAGUGGAACCGGGAGUUCCGCAGCAUCCGGCUGGUCGGGGUGGACUACACGGCAAGGAGGGCGAGGAGGGGCGGCGGCGGCGGCGGCGGUGUCCUGUUUCAGCUGGCGGUGGUCACGUUCUGGAACAAGCACCUCAAGUGCGGCUUCUUGGCCAGGAUACUGGUCGAAGGGGCAUCCAAGGCCGCCUUCGUCGAUCUCGUCCAGGGGUUGAGGUCCGACGGUGGCGGCGGGGACGGCAAGGGGCUGGUCGAGGAAGCCAAGAGGAUAUGGGAGCAGCCCGGCACGGUUCAGGUCAGCGUGCCCGGGCGGGGAGGGGACAGUCCGGGUCGGAGGAUACAGGUGGAGGUGGUGAAUCCGGUGGCGGCGCCCGAGGCAGCCGGGAAUGAGGAGGAGACGGCGGACGAGAGGAGCGGGAUGAUGAUGCCGGGCGGCGGUUGGACGUUCCGCCCGGGCCACGAGCUCCAGGUGUCUGGCAGCGUCACCUUCACCGAGAAGUGGGAGAAGGACUACCGGCGAACUGUCAACGCCAAGGCGGGGCGCACGAAGAAGGGGGCCAUCGAGUUGACCAUGACAUCGAUGCUAUGGCUGGCUGUCCCCGUUGCCAAGGGAGAAGAGCUAGACCAGCCGUCAUGAUGAUCUCCCAUCUCCGUGUAUAUAAUAGACUGGCUGGGAAAGGCAUAUGAAUACUAUCUAUAGAGCAGUUAAAUUACCGAGUACUUUCCAUGUCCUGAUAUUAUU